AUGCACACCAAGAAAGUGGCAAGUGUGUCGCUGCUCAUAACAGGCCUGCUCAUUGUGAUACUGGGUGUUAUCAUUGGAAUUAUGCUACAAAACGCAGCAGAGGAGAACAACGAGGAGUUAGUUUGUGUGAACAGCAAAGAAAGCCCGGGAUAUGAAAGAUGGGCAAGUCCGGGUUAUUUUACAGCUAGAGCUUAUUACUGGAACAUCUCCAACAAGGCCGGAUUUCUUUAUCGAGGAGAAAGACCCAAGCUUCGUCAAAGAGGUCCUUACGUCUAUAGUGUGACAUCAAAGAGAAUUGACGUAAAAUUCGAGAACGGAAAAGUUACAAGCAAGAAGUUUGAACAAGCUAAAUUCAACAAGACGCUUACCAACGAGGAAUGUCCCACAUGUAGCGAAAAUGACGAGCUUACAAUAUUGAAUGCAGGUUACCUCGUCAAAGGAAAGGACCUGAGCCAGGUUCUUAUACCCCUCGUGAUGAACGUAUUGUUCGUCGGACUUCAGGAAAGUCUGAAUGAUAGCGAUAUUCUCCUCCAAAUGGGACUAACCGACAAUCAGCUAAACUUAACAUACCCAUCGAACCCUGCUUUUGGCUCCUGGAUCAAUUCCUCUCCAUAUUUUGCGUCUCUACGAAAAAACUUCACUGUGGUAGAGAUGAACGGCUUAUACGGUGCAUUACGGAACGUAUCGAAAUUCGGACCAUUUACAGACACACCACUGCUAAAAAAAUGCCUAAACGGCAGUUUGUUCAGUGUACAGUGCGGUCUUGCGUUAAACUUGAAAUUCCUCCCCAAGGAACCUCGAGCUGCAGUAUUAAUACAACAAUUAUUGUGUCCAGAUCGGAAAUCAGCUUGCUUCGACACCUCAAGGAAUGGUACAUAUCAAGCCCUCGGCGCGUUCAUCUAUGAACUUUCUAAAUAUGUCCUUUUUUUUCUGGAGAAAAACAACUUUGGGGCGACGACCACUCGAAAUCAGAAUGACUUGACAAUUGGGUAUGUACUACGGUUACCAGGAUACCCAACCGGAAUACCUAUCCCAGGGAUAGUAACCUCACAUGCCAAUGAAACUUAUGCCAGGAAGGUGGCAACAAGCUCUACAUUCUACACCUGUGAAUCCACGGGAGACAGAUUUGCUUUUGCAGCGGUAGGCGGUGAAAGUACAGUUAGUACCAAUCUAUAUCCAAAAGCGUCUAAUGAACAGCUCAAGGUUCAUGGCUACGACACACAAUUUCCUGGAAGGAAAAGUUUAAAAACUUGCUCAACCAAGUAUGGUCCAACAGAAAACAGCUAUGAGAUUUUCAUUUCUUACUUCCGUUUGGCCAUUCCCUUCAAGUACAAAGAGGAGGUGGAAACAAACCAUAUUUCAAUGCACAAAUACUUAUUGGAUGAGUCUGCAGUUGAGGUAAACAACGUGACUGUGUUCACAAAAGGUGUUUUUGAUGUGAGCCGGGUUUUGGAAGGUCCCAUCUAUGCCAGUCUACCGGGAUUUCUUUAUGGAAAAGAGUCACUUUACAAGGAUCUGGGCCUUGAUACACCUGACGCACAAAAAUACGAGUCUCUGGUAAGCAUUGAGCCGAUAUCUGGGAUUGCUACAAAACUUAAACUUCGUCUUCAGCUUAAUGGAAUCAUUCCGGGAGAUUUGUUGGCUCCCGGCACAAAUGUGACUUUUCUCCACAAGGUAAUACCGAUGUCGUGGACGGAAAUAGGAACAACCAUGGACGCAGAGAAGGCCAAGAAAUUAACUUCAAAGGUGUUUGGAGACCUGCAGCUGUCUUGUGGUUUGCUAUUAGCCUUGCCCAUAUUUGGUGGAGUGUUAGUCAUUUUGGGUGUAGCCUUGAUUGUCAUGGCAAUGAAGAAACGCGAGGUUGUAGCUGUAGUGUGAGAGUUCCUUAAAGUAGAUAAAAACUUCGGAAGUCAUAUUGGACUGUUCACUCUAAGGAUAUCUAUAGGCUAAUACAUCCGCUACGUGUUUCAUGGUUCUGUUAUUUGCUGUUAACUAUGCAAGUGGUUAUCAUUAAGAAGUAAACAAGCUGUUUUUUUACUCCUAGUUCCAUCGCCAGUACCAGAUGGUGGCCUGAGGGGUACUUUCAGAGUUAACUAGUUUAUUUGCAAUAUUCUUGUUUCUCGUUUUAUAAAGACACUCCAAGCGACGGCUAGCAAUUGGCAGUUUGAGUUAGUUACAUGAUUAGUACGGCGAUCUCUUAUCCAACUGGGAUUAGCAUUACCCCAUAGAUAAACGACUAUAGACAGGUAGCACCAACAAUUUUGAUACUGAUAGUCGAAAGGAAAAUUCAUUAUUUACGAAACCAUAAGACAGCAAUAAAAACAUUCUGCUCUUUGAUAGGCAUCAAAGCUUCCGCAAGAACACCUUUCACUAUAUAAGGAAUUUGUCUCUUCCUUUUUCUCUAUCGAAGUUAUCUUGACUUGCGACGAGAACUCAUGCUUCAAAUUCAAAAAACUAUCUUCGACUUUGAAAUGAACAGGGAUAUCAUACCACAAUCACCUUCAAGGAUACAGCUGAUAUUCUCUCCAAGAUAAAAUGAGUGCACACAUUUUCCAAUAGAAACUCCCCUGCGACUUUGCGUAGGAUAAGGAACCUUGCUUUGUACAUUACACAAUUAGCUUGCUUACUUGUCUUGA